AUGGUUUCCAAAAUAAAUUCUCUAUCCUUCUUUGUUUCUUUGCUCCUAUUAUUUUCCCAUUCCACAGCCAAAACACCUCUGAGACCUCGAGCAUUUCUUUUUCCAGUAACCAAAGAUGAAGCCACUAAACAAUAUGUCACUGUCAUUAACCAAAGAACACCUCUUGUGCCAGGAUAUGUUAGCUCAUCUUAUAAACCUGUCCCUUGUGGUUCUGUCACUUGUAAACGUUCAUUAUCCGGUGCCUGUGUUGAAUCGUGUUUUGAUCCUCUUUCACCAGGGUGCAAUAAUAAUACUUGUUCACAUAUUCCUUAUAACCCAUUUAUUCGUACCAGCAAUGGUGGUGAACUUGCUCAGCAUAUUGUUUCACUUCAAUCCACUAAUGGGUCAAAUCCUGGUAAAUUUGUAUCAGCAAAUGGAGUAGUUUUUGACUGUGCUCCUACUUCUCUUCUUGAAGGACUAGCAAAGCGUGUCAAAGGGACUAUUGGACUUGGAAAUGGUUAUGUAGGAUUUCCUACUCAAUUGGCUAAAGCUUUUUGUGUACCCCGAAAAUUCGCUAUAUGCUUUAGCUCAUCCACAAAUUCUCAUAGAGUUAUGUUCUUUGGUGAUAGUCCUUAUGUUUUUCUUCCUGGAAUGGAUGUUUCAAAAUGACUUGUUUACACCCCACUUCUCAAAAACCCUGUUAGUACUGGAGGAUCUUAUUUCAUUGGUGAGCCUUCAACGGACUACGUUAUUUGAGUG